AUGUCUGUGAUGGGUAUAUUGCACGCUAAUACUACCACCCGUGACGAAUUUGCCGCCAAAUCGCGGGACUGGAUUCAUAUUGCACAAACAUGGCUCUCUGCUCCUUUGGAAAAAGAUCGUCUCACUUGCAAUGGAAUCCAGAUUCACUGUUUGCUACUUCUUGCGCGGCAAGUCACUCGGCUGGGGGCGGAUCUGGUUUGGAUCUCAGCGGGAUCUUUGAUGCGCAUGGCGAUGCAGAUGGGCUUACAUCAAGAUCCGAACUGUAUGGAGGAGAUGAGCCUACAUGAAAAGGAAAUUCGAAGACGGUUGUGGUAUACUAUCCUCGAGAUGAACGUCCAGGCGGCGCUGGACUCCGGGAUGUCACCCAUGAUCUCAGCAGGAGACUUCAAUACUUUGCCACCAUCCAGAAUGAGCGACGAAGAGCUUGAGUUGGGAGGAACACAGGUGGAAAAUCAGAGCGGAACGCACGGCCCAUCAUUCCAGAAGCAUCUGCUCCCUUUACUAGCAGACUCUCUUCCUCUCAGACUAAAUAUAACCAAGAUUAUCAACAGCCUACAGGAGGAACCGUCAUACGAAGAAGUCCUCCGUUUAGAAAAGGACUUAGCAAUAGCCUGUUGCACUGCAACGAGUGCCCUUGACAGCACUACGCCGCUUAAUCCUAUGUCGGACCCCUCCCGAUUUGCACUCAGUCACUUCACCCAUCUUCUCCGUCGCUUCACACUUUGCUUUCACUUCCCCUAUGCCGUCCAAGCCAAGAAGAAUCCACUCUACACCUAUUCGCAAAAGAAUUGCCUCGACGCUACCCAAGAUAUAGUUUCUAUUCUCGAUGACGAACUGUACGCCCGCCUCCUCCUCACCGGAGGCGGUAUGUUCCGCGACCUGAUUACCCGUGGCUCUUUCAUCCUCUACCUAGAAUUAACAUCCGACAUCAACGCAGACACGUCUCUGGUCUCACGGGGCCGAAGCCGCUCCAGACACGAGCCGAUCCUUCGUGACGCUCGUCGUGUAGCGCAAUAUGCGAAGGAGAGGAUGUUCCAUGGUGAGACCAAUGUGAAAGGGUACGUGUAUAUUAGCAUGGCAACGGCGCAGAUCGAGGCCUUGUUUGAUGGGUCGUUUCCGGAGGAGGCAGCGAUGGAUGCUGCGAGGGAUAGUUUGGAAACGUGCCGUAGGAUUUUGGAAGUGAUGGCUGCGAAAGGGUCGGCUUCGGUUGUUGAAGCUCAGUCUGAUGUUACGGAUGGGGUUACGUCUCCGUUGGGGGAUCCAGAAGGACAGUUUGACUUUCUGGAUGAUGGAAGUUGGGACUUUGAUUUUGGGCAGUGGAUUUUCUCUCAUCACGGUGGAGAUGUUUCGUUGUAG